AUGCCAACAAUAGAGCACACAAUGAGUCUCCGAGCUGCUGCUUGUGUGUGCCUUCUGGCGGUCACUAGUUUCUUGGGAGCAUCAUCUAGCGGGAACGUCGUCAACAUGUCACUCCGGGAAGCUAGCGAAAACGUUUCCAGGUGUCAAGAAUGCAAGAUGAUCCUUGCUGGAGUUCGAGUCCUCUAUAAUGUUCUACCAUCAAGCGUCAAUGCCGAGAACAUAUUCUCAAGUGUUUGUUUAACAGUUGUACCCAUGCUUGGACACAACUCAACAAUUACCUGUCCUCAUCUCCUGCAGCAGUACUUACCCGAUGUCAGAAGUGUGUUCAUUAAUGACAUUUUGUCCGGAGCCUGCGAAAUAUUAGAGAUCUGUCCAACGAACCACUUCAGGAAUCAGGGUGGAUUAUCUAGCCCGCCUGCCUCCUCUGUACAACUGGCACACCAAGUACAAUUGAAUCAGGCUAGACUUGAGAUGAACCAGCAGAGUUCGGAUCCACUGACAUUUGUGCAGAUCUCAGACAUUCAUAUGGACAAAGAUUAUGUGAAG